AGACGUGUUAGUCUCGCAUCCCCUUCAGCAGCUCUCGACAUCAAGUGCAGCUAUUCGGAGAGCGGCUCGUUAGAGGCUUGUCGCCGUACGGACGUCUGGAAAGGAAGGAAAGGGCAGUGAGAAGACACCGAAGAAAGUUUUCUACAAGGCGGAUUUUUCAUACUCCUUAAGAAAGACAGUGUCAGCAUCUGGCUGAUGAAGUAAGAAUGUAGGACCAUCCCACUGGCAGGCACUUCCACACACGCAGCUCCAUGUACAGUCUGCAAACCUGCGGGAGCCGGGCAGCCAGACAUCUCCAAGGAAUGGGGCGACCCUUCUGCAGGAGCGGUGGGUGUGAGCCCUUGUGUUCCUGACAAAGAGAGAACUUCGGGAUACAGCGCAUUGAGUGGCUUCAUUGUUUCCAGAUCCAAAUCUCAGCCAACGUUGCAAGACAAUAUUAUAUUAAGCUUUUGUGACACCGCAAGCAGGAAAUAGUCAAACGAUAGAGCUGCAUGCAUUUAAAGGGAGAUGACGCCACUAUUCCUGUACUGAUAUGUGCACAAAGCAAGGUUCUAACCUAUUUUUCUAUGUGAAUGAAGUUUGCUAGUUAAGUCCAGGAUCAAUUAUGGAGAAAACAAAUGGAGAAAAUGUUGCAUCAAAGGAAGAUCUAAAGAAAAAACAGGUUUCCUAUUCUGUAGAGACACCUUACGGGUUUCACCUGGAUCUUGACUUUUUGAAAUACGUGCAUGAUAUUGAAAAAGGGAAUACCAUCAAGAGGAUCCACAUCCACAGAAGAGCAAAACAAUCCAAGUUUAGCACGCUGCCUCGUAAUUUUAGUGUGCCUGAAAAUGGGUCACAGUCCUACACAGCAGCCUCGAGCAGAACCUGGAGCCCCAGUAGCUACAGAAUUGAUGCAAAAGACUCUCAGGUGUUUUCAGGAAACGACUCCUCCUUACGCUUGAGGUAUGUUCAGGAGUUAAACUAUCGGAGAAAAGACAUUAUGAGUGAUGCCACUUUGCAAGAACUGGCACCUGAAGAUUUUAGCGGCUUCAAAGAUCGCCCGCAGUUUGCUCGAGCUUCUAGUCUUCCAGCUAGCCUUCCACAAAGCACAAUGUCUUCAGAUCAAAGCAGCUAUUUCAAGGUGACACGAAACCUCGGUCGUUUCAGUGACAGCCGUCUGGGCUCCUCGGAAGAGCCUGUAAGUCCAUCUCAUAUCCAGUCCGACAAACAGUUGGCAGCUGCCUUUAAAAAGAUCAAGGAACUGGAAGAACAGAUAAAAACUAUUCCAGAACUGCAAAAAACCAUAUAUGUGCUCGAAGGAAAAAACAAUAAGUUAAAUACCCAACUUAAGUCCCUUUCUCAAUUUUUGGGGAACAUAAAAGAUCAGGAAGGUGCAGACUUUUUGGAAAGCAACACAAAAUCUGAGAAUUUGGACAUCGGAAAUGGAGAGGUCAAUGGACAGGUCAGUUAUGACAAUUUAAGUGACUCGCCAUUCUCAACCAUUAAACUGCAGGUUUCAGAUUUGACCAAACGCUUGGACGACCGGGCCAGGGAGGUCCACAAUUUGAGGGUGUUGGUUGAGAAGCAAAGCAACGAAUUGAAGGCCAAGGAUGUAUAUAUUACAGAUUUGACAAAAACGCUGGAAAGCGCGGAAGAAAGCAGAAGAGAAGUAAGUAGUAAACACUAUAGAGACAUGGCGGUCAACACUGACGAAGAAGAAGUUGAGGAGAAGAGGGAAAGUAUUGAUAAAAACACCUAUGCCAAUAUAGGUGUUGAGACUCAUUCAGUAGGCUGUGGCGUCCUACCAGGAGAUCUGGAUCAACUGCCAGACACUGAUCAUAGUCUGAUGGCGUCCAACCAGGAGGACAACACCACAGUCCAAGAUAAUAUGUUAGCUGAUGAUAAUGUUCAAGUGGAAAUAGAGGAAGUUACUAAGGUUGAUGGCAAAGAAGGUUCACCCCAAGGAUGUAACAAUAAUAGAGCCUGCGAUUAUGAAGACCCCACCAAUAUUAGGCAUUUACCCACUGUCCAUCAACCUCCCGCAGAUGCUUCCAUAGGACAGUACGUAAAACGAAUCCAGGAUCUUCUACAGGAACAGUGGACUUGUCUAGAACAUGGAUAUCCAGAUCUGGCCAGUGCCCUCAAACAACCAGCUAACAAACUCAGCUCCAUCCAGAACCAACUAGUCAAUUCCCUCAACUUAUUGUCCUCAGUUUACUCCACACAGACAACAUCAGAGCGGGAGAAUUUCAAGCCUGAGAGCCAGCAAGCAGAACCGUCUCCCAGAAGCCUGAAGUCUAUAAUGAAGAAGAAAAACAGCAGCUGCCGCUCGGCUGGAGACGCCCGGGCUAAGAAGAACCUGCAGUUUGUUGGGGUCAAUGGUGGUUAUGAAACAACAUCCAGUGAGGAUUCCAGCUCUGAGGACGAUGAAGACAGCUAUGGUGAGAAGACAGAGAUAGCCGCAUGUUCACAGGAUGGAGAUGAUGGUGGUGAUGGUCACACGGACAACACGGUCCCGCUAGAAACUGGAUAUGCAGAAGAAGAGUUAUCGGAAACUCCAGGCCCAACAAUAUCAGAGGCUCAACAGUAUUUGCAGAGGUGUACAGUGGGGGAAGCCUUCCGCAGCGAGUGCCACAUAUUGAGCAGCCAUCUAGCAGAACUGAGGACCACCACAGAUAAUAAACUGAGACAAACAUUAUACACCGUCUGCCAAGAGUGGUUCCGAGUCUCCAGCCAGAAGACGUCGUCCCCGGAUCUGGUUGCAGUCUAUCUGGAGGAAUUCCGAUCGAUUAGCCCACAGCUAUUGCAGGCAGUCGUGAAUAUCGCUGACGAGAAUGGGAAUACGGCCCUGCAUUACAGCGUCUCCCACUCCAACUUCAGAAUCGUUAAGCUCCUGCUUAACACGGGCGUCUGUGAUGUGGACCAUCAGAAUAAAGCGGGGUACACCCCAGUGAUGCUCACCCCCCUGGCAUCAGCCGAGACGGAUGAAGACAUGGAGGUGGUGAAGGAUCUCCUCACGCUGGGAAAUGUGAAUCUCUCUGCCUCUCAGGGAGGACAGACGGCACUGAUGCUCGGGGUCAGCCACGGGCGCUCGGACAUGGUAAAGGUCCUGCUGGACUGCGGGGCAGAUGUUAACCUGGCUGCCGAGGAUGGAGAAACCGCUCUGAUAAUCGCCUGCCAAGUGGGAAACCUGGAUAUUGUGAAGCUCCUCAUAUCUCAUCCAGACUGUGACGUGGAGCUGACGGAUAAGGCUGGUAACUCGGCUUUGUCUAUUGUGCUGGAUUCCGCCCACAGUGAGAUUGCAGAACUUCUACAAGCCCACACAGAGCACCGCCGUCCCUGCCCCUCCACUGACACGGGAGAAGGAGGCUCAUUGUAAACAAGUAUGGAGGACAAAAGACUCAUUCUUCUGAGCGGUCACAGCGGAUAUCAUCCAUCUCUACACUCAACUAUUCCAAAUAUGUGUAUAUGGCCUGCUUUCCGCUGCCAGGGGUCUCGCACGCCGGGCUUGACUUCUACAGGAAUAAUGGUAUCCUUAUAGCAGGGGCACAUUUAUUAUUUAAAAAAAAAAUAAUCACAUUUUUUGCUUUUUGGGGGGUGGCAAAUUUUUGUAAGUUCUGGCCUACUUUUUUUCACAGGCUGUCUUUUUGGCAUAUGAACUUUUGCAUUGGGGCCCAAUUUGCAAAAAAAAAAAGCCUGUAGGCAAAACGUAGCAAAUGCAACAAUUGUUUUGUUACCCUUUUUGGUUAUUUUUUGCCAAAUAAGCAUCCA